CAACAAAUUAGUCUACUUACAACUUUAUAACAACACGGAUUAAACACACAUCACUUUUGGCAAGUCGAUAGAAAGGAUAUUGAAAACAACUGCAACAAAAGGAUCUUUACCAAUGUCUCCUUUUACCAUCGUUUUAAGCAUCACACUGCUAGCUGGUUCUAUACAAGCUGGCGUUAUUGGCGGCCAUUAUGGUGGUCAUUUGAAUGCAAAUGCUGAAUCACAUGACUUUAGUGAGGGUUUAGCUAAAAGUGAAUCCUCUAACUAUGAGUCUUUAGGUUCUUUGGGUGAUCACCUGCAAGAAUCAAAUUUUCCCUCGGACUAUGGGCACGAUGAGGCAUCUAUUGCUGCCAGUGAACACAUUGAAUAUGGUGGCCAUGAACAUUUUUCUCAACAUGAAUCCAUUGGAUCAUAUCAUGACAUACACAGUGAUCUACAUGAUUUUGAUAGCAAACCUGUUCCGGGCAUUAACCAUGGCAAAGGUGCCUUGAGUUACAGCACCACUUACGAAUUUAAAGAUCCUAAACCAUAAAUUUGACAAAGAAUUCGUAUAAAAUAUGCGUUUUUACAAAAAGAAAAAAAACUAAAAAACUUUUAAAAGUUUAUUUGCGUUCAAGUGUGUGAUGAUGAUAAUGAUGUUUUCAUUUUGUUUUCCUCUUUUCUAUUUGCAAAACUUUGCCUUAAAAUCCGUUCGCGUGUGUGUUUUUUAAUCUUGGUUUAAGCUGUGAUUACGUUCUUCAUACUGAUGAUGAUGAUGGUGUUAAACAAUAGUAAA